GUGAGGUUGUAGGUCAGGUGUGUGGGAGGGAGAAGGGAGGGCUGUCUAUAAAUCCAUACCCCGUGGCAACCAGAAACAUCCAGAAUACACUACCAACAAGAGCACUGGCCAGCUCAGCUCCUUCUGAGGGGUUUUCCAGAAGACAUGCUGCUCCCCUCAGCUCCGCUGCUCUGCCUUGUACUCAUUACAGUUUCUUCCAACCAUGCCAUUGCAAUCAAGAAAGAAAAGCGACCUCCCCAGACACUAUCAAGAGGGUGGGGAGAUGACAUCACUUGGGUACAAACUUAUGAAGAAGGUCUCUUUCAUGCUCACAAAAGCAAUAAGCCAUUGAUGGUCAUUCAUCACCUGGAGGAGUGUCAGUAUUGCCAAGCACUAAAAAAAGAAUUCGCCCAAAAUGAAGAAAUACAAGAAAUGGCUCAGAAUGAUUUCAUCAUGUUGAAUCUCAUGCAUGAAACCACUGACAAGAAUUUGUCACCUGAUGGACAGUAUGUGCCAAGAAUCAUGUUUGUGGAUCCUUCUCUAACUGUUAGAGCAGAUAUAACGGGAAAAUACUCUAAUAGAUUAUACACAUAUGAGCCUCAGGAUCUACCAGUAUUAAUAGAAAACAUGAAGAAAGCAUUAAGACUUAUUCAAUCAGAGUUAUAAGAAAUGAUGUGGAAAUGCCAUGGAUUCUAAGAGGUCAAAUGUCAUGGAAAACCUCUGGCUCAAUGAAAAUGCUAAAUGUUCUAGUAUAU